GGGCCAGAGUGAGGCGGCCCAGGGGACUGAGGGGUCUCCGACGGGGAUGAGGGCCACUGUGUCCUGCAGAUGGGCCUCAGCCAGCUCGCCCGCCUCCCCGGGGGGCCGUUGGGGACGCUGCUCUGCUUGGCUGUGGCCUCGGGCCCCACCAGUCGUCUUUGUUCUGGGGGGGACUGUCUGGACGGCUGGGUGCCCCCGACUGCUACUCACCUAGAGGUGGGGGUGCAGCUUCGUCGCCUGAAGCCUGCCUCGGCUCCAGGAGGGUCCUCGAAGCCACAAAGCCGUCCUGUUUCUGCCCGAGGAGUGGCGGGACUCCGAGUGUGACGCAGGGCCGUGCCCUGGUCCCCUCCCUGGUGCGGGGCUUCGCGGGCCGGGUGUCAGCGUGUGGGCAGAGGGCGGCCCCGUCACUGAGGGCUGGGGAGGGCUUGGCUGCAGGUGCUGGCCACGGGGCACUCUGCCCAGCGCCACCGCUCCUGUGACCCACUGAGCUGUUUCCUUGGUUGCUCCGUGGGAAUCGAGGCGAGCGGCGUGGGCAGGAAAGAGCCACUUACUUGGGGGCCGAAGUUCAGGGGCCUGGCGUGGGGGGAGGACUGUGGCCGUGCGCCAGGCCUCCGUCUCUCCCGCAGAGGGGUGCGGCUCUCCCCCAGAAGGGCCACAGCACAGCCUGCGCUUGGCAGUGAGGAGCGGCGCCUGACCUCGCAGCCCGCUGCCCAGCGGCCAGCCGGCUCAAGGACGCCCGGACAGCAGGGCGCUGUUCGUCUCCCGCUUCUGUGGUCACCCCCACGCAGCCGCCAUGGCGGUCCUGGCUCCCGGCGUCCUCGGGGUGUCGCGUGUGGGUGCCCGUGCAGGGUGCCAGGUUCCAGCGUUGUCUGCUGCGGGCUGGUGGGCUGGUUACAGCCAGCCCUGCCCAGCCUGGGGGGACCCCGGCCUCCCGGCCUCCUUCCCCCUGCCCCACUCCCCACCGCCCGUUUCGGGGUUUCCUUAGGGCCUGGCCUGGCCUGCAGGUGGCAACACCGGGCUGUGCUGGGUCCAACUGCGCUGGCAGUGGGCUGCUGUGCAGCCUGGACAGCUGGGGCCGCGGGGCCCGGGUUUCUUUCAGAGUGGAGCGCUCAUGUCCAGACAUGGACGACGACAGCCUGGACGAGCUUAUGGACCGAAGCCCAGGGCCGGGUGUGCCCCCACCGCUCAUCCCGGCUGCCCUGGCCGGAGAUGCUGGCGGCGGCUCUGAGGAGGACUCGGGCAGCGAGUGCAGCGCCAGCAGCGACGGGGACGCGGAGGACGGCUCCCUGGACGGCGGAUCCGGUGAGCGGCCCGAGCGGCCUCCCUGCUGGGCCCCUGUUGCUGCGGCGGCCUGUGCCGGCUGUCGGCCCAGCGUCCUUCACCUCCUGGCCAGUGUGCUGUGGGCGGCGGGCGACGCGCCCCUGCGAGCGCGGCCGGGAGUCCAGGGCGCCUGGCGGGGCUGUGAGCACCUGAGCCCCGGGCAGUCCUCGCCUGGCCGACGGUCACCCCGGAACCUCGGGCUCAAGCGCCAACUGGGCUGGGGGCUGCGGCGGGGCCAGACAGAGCCUCGAGGCCAAUGGCCGCGGAGCCCUCGGGCAGCACCAGAGCCGCCUGAGGCGGGGCUGUGUGGCACAGGCGUGGUGGCCCCAAGGUCCACAGCACUGGCCCCGGGAGGCGACCCCGCAGCCCAGGGCCAUCUCCGCAAGCGGGCUCGGGGUCAACGCCACGCCCUCCGGGGCACCUGCGUCCGCGGGGCCUCGGGAAGGGCGCCGGGCCGGCAGUGGCCAGACCUCCCCGGCAUCGGGCUCAGCCCCCUCGUGUCCCCGAGCGAGUGUCCGAAAGGCAAGGCUGGUGCUGCAGACGUGGCAGAACCUUCUGGAAGGCCGGCAGAGGGCUCAGGGGUGGUGUGGACCGCGGCACUGGGCAGCCCCUGGCCCUCGCAGCCUCAGCCCCGAGGCAGGAAGCGGGCCGAGGGCCAGAGGGGACCUCGGGCAGCCCGGAACAUGGAUGGGGGCGGCUUGGCCGGCCCCUGGGACAGGGAGCAUGAGGCGCCCCAGCUUCCAGCAGCAGCCCCAGAGCCGCGGAGGGCGCCUGGGUCUCUGCCCCCCAAAGAGACCCAGCAGCCCUGCCAGCCUCGCGGGGCCUGGUCUGCCGUGCGUCUCCUGCCGGCCCAGCUGAUGCGGGCCCAGGAGGCCGGACGCUCCUCCCACUCCAGGGGCCACCGGGAGAAGAUCCAGCAGCGCCAGUCGGUCCUACCCCCACCCCAGGGCCCGGCCCCCAUCCCCUUCCAGCGCCGCAGCAGCGGGGAGUCCUCCCCUCCCAAGAACCGCGUAGGCCCCCCCGUGCCACUCAGCGAGGCAGGUUCCCGCCAUCGGGAGUCUCAGGAAGAGGAGCCGCGGGCGCUGCUGGCACAGAAGAUAGAGAAGGAGACGCAAAUCCUCAACUGCACACUGGACGACAUCGAGUGGUUCGUGGCCCGGCUGCAGAAGGCGGCAGAGGCCUUCAAGCAGCUGAACCAGCGCAAGAAGGGCAAGAAAAAGGGAAAGAAGGGGCCGGCAGAGGGCGUCCUCACGCUGCGGUCCCGGCCCCCCACCGAGGCCGAGUUUGUCGACUGUUUCCAGAAAAUCAAGUUGGCCAUCAAUCUGCUGGCCAAGCUGCAGAAGCACAUCCAGAACCCCAGUGCCGCUGAGCUGGUGCACUUCCUCUUCGGGCCGCUGGACCUGAUCGUCAACACCUGCGGAAGCCCGAGCAUCGCACGCUCCGUCUCCAGCCCCCUGCUCUCGCAGGACGCGGUGGCCUUCCUGCGUGGCCACUUAGUCCCCAAGGAGAUGACACUGUGGGAGCUGCUGGGGGAGACGUGGACACGCCCCCGCUCCGAGUGGCCGAGGGAGCCCCAGGUGCCCCUCUACGUGCCCAGGUUCCACAGCGGCUGGCAGCCUCCCCUGGACGUGCUGCAGGAGGCCCCCUGGGAAGUGGAGAGCCUGACUGCCCCCCAGGGGGACCAGCCCAGCCCACCCAUGCGGUCGUCCUUCCGCAACUCCCUGAAGCCCAACCUGACCCAGCCUGCACCCCCGGGAGAGGCCCUCCCCCCGGCCAGCUCCCCGAACACUCACAGGCUCCAUGCCGGACACCAGGAGGCCGUGCCCACCCCCAGCCGAAAGCUCAGCCGGCCGGCGCUGGGCCUGGGGCAGGCGGGGGGCGGUGUCCGCACAGAGCUGAGGGGCCUGGAGGGCCCGCACUUGGCCACGUUCAUCAUGGACAAGAGUGAGGCCAUCGUGUCUGUGGAGGACGCCAUCCGGAAGCUGGUGCAGCUCAGCUCCAAGGAGAAGAUCUGGACGCAGGAGAUGCUGCUGCAGGUCAAUGACCAGUCCCUGCGGCUGCUGGACCAGCUCUGGCCCCUCCCCGCCAGGAUCGUGGAGCACCUGGGGAUCCUCACGGGGCCCCAGCUUUUCUCGCUCAACAAGGACGAGCUGAAGAAGGUGUGCGGGGAGGAGGGCGUCCGCGUGUACAGCCAGCUCACUGUGCAAAAGGCCAUGCUGGAGAAGGCCCCCGGCGGGUCGGAGCUGGAGGAGCUGAUGAGCAAGUUCCAGUGCAAGAACCAGAGGCAGGAAGAAGACGGCUAGCUGCGGCCGCGCACCUGCCCCGCCUGCGACGUUUGCUCGCCCACGCGUGGACUUGGCACCCGGCAGGAGAGAGCGGGUGCGGUGGGGGCCCAAGGCCGGGCCGGCCCCGCUGCGGCCCAGGAGUGCCCAGCCCACACCCGCUGGCCCCUGUAGGCCAGCCUCAGCCAAACCCGAUGCCUGGUGACCAUCACCCUGGCCAGAGCUGCGGCCAGCCCAGCAUAGCCCCCCUCCUCCUGUCCUGCCCCUUCCCCAGCCCGGAAUCCCACCUCGUCACCCCUGUAUUCACCUGCCCCUCCAAGCCCCAGUUGGCUGUGCUGGACUCUGCGCGAGACAGGCCGCUGACCCAGGUCUCCAGAGGGCCCCCACAGAACACCGCUGACUCCAUCACGGGCAGGACUAGGUGUCCGCCCAAGUGCUGGUCUGCCAAGCCCUGGUCUGAGACCAGUCCAGCCCUGUGGUGUGGGGCAGUGGAUGGCUGGGGUUCCUGGCACCCUGGACAGUGCGGCCACGCCCAGAAUGAUGGGCUGGGCUCCGAGGCCAUGGCAUUAAAGGUCCAGUUUCCUGCAGCUGUGUCUGUCCCUGGGGAGGACGUGUUGCCAUGGGCACUGUCAGGCGGGGGCAGGCCUUGGGCCUUCA